AUGGGCGAUUCAUUUAUAGCCCCAGCUUUGUCGACGGUUCAGACUGAUGAGGUUUUUGCAUUAGAAAGAUAUCAGGAUAGCGAAAAAGAUAGAUCGUUCUACUUGGGACCAUCUGCAUCAAAGACAGGGAACCUCUUCGAGUUGAUAAGGGACUACUAUAUGAUAGAUCUGCUGGUGAAAUAUUUGAGAAAGAAUCCUCAGUUCAAGAAAAUUACCUUGCAAUUUCCUGACAAGUUUGUAAUGGACUCUCCAAUUGUCACUCAGCUGCUGCAAGAGGAGUUAGAGAGUGACGACGAGCGCGCGGAUGAGGGCUUUGAUGAGGUAGGAAAGAAAGAAAAAUGUGGUGCAGAAAACUGUUGCUCUGCUGUCAAGUGCUCCAAAGAACUAUCGAAUGAAAUAUCAGGACGCAAAUUUUGGAUCCUCGCAGAUACUGCCUACAGCUCCUGCUGUGUUGAUGAAGUUGCUGCAGAACAUGUUAAUAGUGACUUGGUUAUUCACAUGGGUGAUGCAUGUUUGAAUUCAAUUCAAAAACUUCCAGUAGUAUAUUGCUUCGGUAAACCGUACUUGGAUUACGAUAUACUUGUGGAUAAAUUUCGAGAUGCAUAUCCUGACAAGGACCAUAAGGUAUGCUUAAUGGCGAACGCACCUUACACAUGUCAUCUCAAAUUAUUGUAUGAAAGAUUGAAUCAAAUAGGAUAUGCAAACAUAAUCUAUUCCGAAGUUAGUGUGGAUCCUAGCGAUGAUCAAAUUACCAUCGUGGGUACCGAAAUUACUAAUCAAUCACAAGCCAUUCAUUUUUUGGACAGUAGAAUACUUUUAAGUGAAAAAGACAUCAAAAUUUCAGAUGAUGAGGAACUUCAGGCCGAUUACGACUUAUUCCAUAUCACAGUUCCCGAAGACCCAAGAUUGCUCUAUCUUUCGACGAAAUUUCGAUCGAUCUGUAUAUACAAUCCUGGAAAGCAUACCAUUUCAACUGGACCGUUUCCAUCAAUGAUGAAACGAUACAGAUUUAUGCAUAUGGCGAGAACGGCGGGAACUAUUGGCAUUUUGGUCAACACUCUUUCUUUGAAAAAUACUAAAGAGACAAUUAAUAGCUUGGCAAAUUUGAUAAAGGACAGUGGUAAAAAGCACUACAUGUUUGUAGUAGGGAAGCCUAACGUGGCGAAACUUGCAAAUUUUGAAGCAAUCGAUAUAUGGUGUAUUUUAGGAUGUGGUCAGAGUGGAAUCGUUCUUGAUCAAAACAACGAAUUCUAUAGGCCUAUUAUCACCCCUUAUGAGUUAACGAUGGCACUUAAUCCGGAAGUUGUAUGGACUGGUAAAUGGGUUGUAAACUUUGAACAAAUUUUGAACGAGAUUUCAGAAAACGAUGAUAAUUCCGAGUAUACAGAAAAUGGCAAUGCCGAAGAUGACGCUCCAGAAUUUAGUGCAGUUACUGGUCAGUAUGUCAGCUCAUCGAGGCCCUUAAGAAGCAUCCAAAGGCUUGAGAUAGAGACACCCGAGGAAGAGGAUCAAGCUCAGUCUAAUGAGCUGGUUCAAAAGUUUUCUGGGGCAGUUGCUAUUAAGGGCACAAUCUCAACCUCGGCGAUAACGUUACAAAAUAGACAGUGGACAGGACUGGGAAGUGACUUCAAUCCUGAAAAUUUCGAAGAAGACGGUGCCACGGUCGAGGAAGGGAUAUCUGGUGUUGCCAGCCAGUACGGAUUUGAUAAAUCGAAUAUAAGAGGGAUCGUUUAA